AAUAUUUAACCGGGAUCCCGACCGUUUGAGUCCGGGCAGCGCUACAUAAAAGACGCAGAGGGGAUUAUGAAAACACAUCAACAGUAACGUCUGCAGGGAUGAUGGCGUUUCAAUGAAAGAGGAGGAGAGGAGGGGGCAGAGGAGGAGAGACGUGCACCGUCAUCAGCAUCUGUCCGCCAGCUCCCUUUGUGUUCACCGGAGAAUGUGAAUGGCGAAAGAUGACAUGGCAGAGGUAGAUUUGGCAUCAAACGGAGCGGAACCCCCUGGCGAGGCCUCCUCGGCGUUUCCCUACGAGGAGUACGAAUGCAAAAUCUGUUACAAUUAUUUCGACCUUGACCGCCGGGCUCCUAAGAUCCUAGAGUGCCUGCACACGUUUUGCGAGGAGUGCCUGAACACGCUUCACCUCCGGGAGGAGCGGCCAUGGCGCAUCAGCUGCCCCGUCUGUCGCCACCGGACCCCGGUUCCGGACUAUCGGAUACAGAACCUUCCCAACAACACAAAGGUGACGGAAGAUUUUCCACUCUACAUCGACUCGGACCCCCUGCCUCAGGACGCUUUGCCACCGUACCCUCCUCCGCUGCACCCAGCUCUCGUCGCCCUCCGCCGGGAAGAGGCGUCGGGGGCGUCCAGCGCCAGUCAGGCUACCCCAUCCACCACCGUGUCCACGGCCACGACCCUCUCCCAGGACUCGGUGCGCUACGACAGCUGUCAAAGCUGCAAGAGAGUGGCGCUGACCACCGGCUGCGUGUGCGUGAUCUUCUCCUUUCUUUCCAUGCUGGUGUUGCUGUUCAUGGGCCUGAUCUUUGUGCACAGUCACAGCAUUCCUCCGUCGCCGGCGGGACCCAUUUGCUUGUCGGUAGCCAGCAUCUUGGCCAUGUUCUCCGUGGUCGUCACAUGGCUCAUCUGCUGGCUCAAAUACAGACCGGACCAUGAGACAGGCCGCGCAUCCGCCACAAGUAACUCCCGGAGAAACGCCUGAUAGGCUGCUGCCUCUGACUAUUGAUGGAGAUGUUGUAGGCUACUGUGGGUGUGUGGUUAUGUACAUAGUACUGGCAACUCCUGCUCCCUUUACUUUUCUAGGAAUAAAUCUUGCCCAGAAUGGCCUUUUAUGAGUAUAGCAAACACCCAAAGGCCUUCAUGUUGUUGGAGCAAUAGGCCGACAUGAUCCGCGUUAUUUUUCCUUAAGUUAUGCACUUGAAUUUGCAGUCUGGGCAUCCUGAUGAGUGAACUUAAGACUUAAACCCUCCGCCAUGGGUCUAGUCUGUAUUUGGUUUGAUGGCUGAAUGUGAAGUGCUUAUUUCCAAGGUUUGAUACCCUCACCACCUUACCCUGCUAAAUAAUAUGCAUCUCCCACUAUGCCAAUCACUGUAUGAUAAUUGUCCACGAUCAUUCACUCAUAUCUCAACAAAGCACUAUUGUAAUGUACUGAUAUUUGGCGAUAUUCACCUCUUGAGUUUUCAGGCUGGUUCUUAUGAAGGGUUGCUGUAUAUGUUUGUGUAACAUGCCAUACAAGUACAGCAGAAGAUGGAUCCACAACCCAAACUUGUAAAUAGUCCACAGGUGCAGAGGUGUAGGAGUGAUCAGCCUUUCUUGAAGGCACUUCUUGAACCUUGUGCUUUAACUUUGCCCUGCAGGGUGGCACUGUAGGAAAAACUGCAAAGCUUGUGAUUUUUGAACCUGUGUUUUGCUACAUUUGUGCAUGUUGGCUAUUAAAAGGUCAAGGCCUUUUUUUUAUCAUUUUGUUUUCUUUUUAAUUGGAAGAGACUGUGCAUCUCCUGACUUGUGUGCCUCACCUUGUUGCUGAAUGAAGCAAAACGUCACUGUAAUAAUAACUGAAAUCGUGCACGGGCCACCCUGCUGCAGACAGCACCCAGCUGUGGGUGCAGGAAGGGAUUUCCCCCCUAUUGUCACAUCAAUGAGAAAACAGGGGUUUCCAAUGUUUAGCACCUUUUUUUUUUUGAUACCUAUGAAAAAUAUCUGGUUUUGAAGGAGAAACCUGCCCGUGUUUGCUAAAGACAUAUGAUCCAGGCUCCACUCCCAGCUGCUUACAUGUCCACUUAUCUUCUUCCUUCAAAGCCAUAUGUGAAAAUCUGGUGAUACAUCUUUAAAUAUAUGAAGUGCAGCUGCUAAAAGGAUACAUUUGGUGUCAUUCUGGUUCCUGUGAGAUUGUCUGGAGUCAUAAUUACAUGUGGACACUUAAAGACCCCCCAUGAGCUGUGUGGCUGAGAUUAGGGAGAGGUAUUCAAGCUAGAAAAGCACUAUGGGCUGAGAGGGUUUGUGCUAUUCCGGUGCCUGCAGUAAACUAAAGCAUAAUAUAAUUUAGAUGAUGUAAUUUAUAGCUCUGAAAGGCAUUGUGGGUCUGCAUGUAAUGCACUUGGAUGAAAGAGGCUGAAACUCACAGGCCCAUCAUGAGUCAGUGGUAAAGCCUGUGAAUGUUAUUGCUUCUAUGACCUAUACAAUUAUUUAUUAUCGGUGCAGUGCACGGCUUUCACACUGGCAAAUGUGGUCCGUUAGACAUGUGAAUUUGAAUACUGUGAUGUCUUCUAACUCCGUGACAGCAUUUAAUAUAGAAUUCAAAUUCAAUCUGGACAACAAAGUGUUUUUUAUAUAAGCACUUAUCACUCUCUCUAUCCCUACCUCACUGCAGGGGAAAACAGCAAGCAAUUUAAUCUGAUUAUUAAGUCCCCCCCCCCUUCUUAAUCUGAUGUCGCUUCAAUCAUCCUGCUCGACCUUCUCCCAACUUGUAUUUGAUGCACUUUCACCCUCUUAUUUGACACAAGUAAAGGGGUAGACCUUUGACAGAUGUACGCAUAUUGUAUUUAUUUCAGAGGAGCUAGAAUUUCUUUUCUUUCUUUUUUGAGAAUCUGUGGUUGUUGUUGAAGUACCAAAUGUAUUUGCACAGAGAAAUGUUCUUUAUGUGCUGUUUUACAUACAUAAACACAUUUCAGUAAUA